AUAACUAGUCUCCACGUUGCGAGAACCCGAUCUACGUCGUCCCUCUCUCCAAUCUCCCUCUGCGCCACAGAUUUCUCGAAAUCUCUCCAAACCUCCGACCGUCAACGAUCUCCGGCAAAGAUGAACGAUGCCGAUGUGUCGAGUCAGAUCCAGCAGAUGGUGAGAUUCAUCCGCCAAGAGGCUGAGGAGAAGGCAAACGAGAUCUCCGUCUCCGCUGAAGAAGAAUUCAACAUCGAGAAGCUGCAGUUAGUUGAGGCGGAGAAGAAGAAGAUCAGGCAAGACUAUGAGAAGAAGGAGAAGCAAGCCGAUGUUCGCAAGAAGAUUGAUUACUCGAUGCAGCUAAAUGCGUCAAGGAUCAAAGUUCUUCAGGCGCAGGACGAUAUUGUCAAUGCUAUGAAAGACCAAGCAGCAAAGGAUCUUCUCAACGUCAGCGGCGAUGAGGAUGCCUACAAACAGCUUCUUAAGGAUCUCAUUGUCCAGUGUUUGCUAAGGUUGAAAGAACCUUCUGUGUUGUUGCGUUGCCGCGAAGAGGAUUUGGGUUUAGUUGAAUCUAUCCUUGAUGACGCUAAGGAGGAGUAUGCUGGUAAAGCAAAUGUUCAUGCUCCAGAGGUUGCUGUGGACACAACCAUCUUCCUUCCCCCUCCUCCUACUUCUAGUGAUUCUCAUGGUCUCCACUGCUCUGGAGGUGUUGUGUUGGCUUCUCGGGAUGGGAAAAUCGUGUGCGAGAACACACUCGAUGCACGUCUUGAUGUGGCAUUCCGUAUGAAACUUCCAGUGAUCCGCAGGUCGUUGUUCGGCCAAGUUGCUGCCUAAUGAAUGAAAAGAGACAGAGAAGUGAUUCAGACCGGUUUGUGUUUGGUUUUUUACCCAUCUGGGAAAGAUUUCUAUUUGAUGUGAUUCUUUUAUGUUCUCUUUCAUGCCAUAAAACCCAUCGAACUCUUUGUUUAUGCAUCUGUAUUUUUUCCUCAUGCCCGAGUGUUAUCAUUGGCUAUAGAAAUAAAUAAAGAAACGAAAGACUUUGUUUUU